AUGACUCGUGACGAAAUUCAUCGCCAGUUUGAAGAUGUUAUCAUAGAUAAACAUAAGUUAAAUGGGUUGACUUGUGAAGAGGAUAAACACUCUCAGAUAGAACUUGAUUCCAAUAAACUCGUAAUUGAUUUACAAGUAGUCCAGGAUCCAAGGCCUAAAUCCGAACAAUUAUUAGAUUGUUUAGUGUCCGCUAUAUCAACAUUAGACCCGAUAUCAUCUGCAGCAUUACCUGCAGAUCCGCCUCCCGUAGCAGAGCGGAGUUUGCUUGUAUUACUUUUGCUUGCUUCUCAAUGGAAAAAGUCCGGCCAAGACAAAAAUAAAUUUAGAGAAUCGAUCAAAUUAUUGAAGGAUGCUCAAGUAUCAGAGGAUAGUGAUAUGGCAAUAUCAUUUAGAGUUUUAUACCAACUAAUAUGCCGGUAG